UAUUGAUUUGGAAUGAGAAACAAUUUUUAUCUUCACAAAAUUUAAGAUUCAACGUCUGUGGAGGGCUAAUGGGUCUGUCUAGCCUUAGUUUUAGGUACUCUACUAACAACCUGUGAUUGCUUUAUGCAUAGCCUAUGAGCUUACAAGUAGAGUUGCCUUUUCUUGAGUGGAUAAGUGGUGGCAUUAGUAUGCAAUUAGUUGUUUUUGUUUGUUUUUAAUAGAGACAGGGUCUCACUUAUUGCCCAGGCUGGGCUUGAACUCCUGGGCUCAAGUGAUUGUCUUGCCUCCACCUCCCUAAGUAGGAUUUUGACGUGAGCCACACCUGGCUACAAUUAGUUCUUAUUUUUGAAUUUGAUAAAAAUGAGCUUUUAGGGAUGCCUUCAAUGAAUCAACAAAAAAGAAAGUUACCAAUUUGGGACUGCAAUGUGAAUUUCUGAUCUUCUGUACUCUCUUUUAAAUCAAGUAAAGCCCUUCCCCCAACUAAAAAACUUUUUCUUAAUGUAUUUUUCCCUCAACCUAGACCUCAGUUUUUCAUUUAAACAUAUUUUAAAAUAUGUGUGUGUGUGUUUUGAGACGAAGUCUCAGCCCAGGGUGGAGUGCAGUGGUGCCAUCUCAGGUCAGUGCAACCUCCACCUCCCAGGUUCAAGCAAUUCUCUGCUUCAGCCUCCUGAGUAGCUGGGAUUACAGGCAUGUGCUACCAUGCCCGGCUAAUUUUUGUAUUUUUAGUAGAGAUGGGGUUUCACCAUGUUGGCCAGACUGGUCUCGAACCCCUGACCGCAGGUGAUCUACCCGCCUCGGCCUCCCAAAGUGCUGGGAUUACAGGCGUGAGCCACUGCGCCUGGCCUAAAAUGUGUUUUUAAACUAUUUACUAAUAAUGGAUUUACACUCUCUUUCGUAUGAUUUACUAAAUUGAUUCGAAUAGGUUGGGCAAUUCAUGAUUUUUUUUUAAUAUCAGCUGUUAAACAGUGGUAAUGUUUAUUAGAAGACAAAGGAAUCCAAUGUUUAUUAGAAGACAAAGGAAUCCCAAGGGUAAUGUUGCCCUUGGGAAUGCUCUUUAAGCCUGGGGCUUUAUUAUGAUGAUAAUUUGGUCUGUAAACUCCUUGGGAGACAGUUUGAGACUAGAGAUCUGGGUCUCAAACCUGAUCCUGCUGCCUGGCGACCCUCAACAAAAUGUCAGCUCUCUGUUGCUUCGUCCAUAAAAUGAAUAAAAGUGCACAGCUGCUGUGAAAAUUAGGUCUUAGAGAAGCGGUCAGUGCAGUGCUUAAGUACUUACUGGGAGAGUUAAAUAGACCCGGUUUCAAAUCUUCGGCUUGUUACCAUAAUUUGUCCAAUGUCUUGCAACGCGUCUUUUAAAUUGUGCAAACUAGUAUCUACCUCAUAUCUGUUGCUGUGAGGAUUAAAUGGAGAUCAUGCACGUAAAUCACUUGUCCAGUCCGUGUCUAGCACAUAGAAAGCACUCAGUAAAUAUUGGCUGUACUCACGAUAACCCGUGAUAGUUUAUACGGACAAGGUAGAAACUACUAUGUAAAGGGCUCUUAACUAUGAAGUUGUUCCCUUUAUGGGAGAGCGACGACCUGCUGUAUAUUUUUUAAUGUGACCACAAGUUUAUUUUUUCUUUAAUAUACGUUUACUAUAGGAAAACGUUGGUGAACGUUCCAGUGGAAGAAACAGUAGAGUUAGAGGUUUUUCAGUGGCCAGAUUUUUAACAGAAGUAACCAUAAAAAGGGAACAAAUGGAGGCCAGGUGCGGUCUCCAUGGGGGCGGGGUGUGCGACCGAAGGAAAAAAAUGGGAAAAGUUAACAGCCGCCUCCCCUCAAACUCCCCAGAACCAAAUCCUGUUAACACCAGGUUGUUAAGUCCCAUCAGAGGAUCUCAGGUGAAAGUGCUUGCUGGAGCUGUGACACUGGGUCACACCCUUUGAGAUAAAAGAGAAGGCCGUGUGCGAGUAAUCUACCACAAAGAUACAAGAUCCGGUGAGAAUAGCAGGUAGCAGAGGCCGUCGAGGCUUUUAGGCUAUUACCGCGUAGCGCAUUCUCUUAUCUCCUCUCCACGUUUUUGUACACAUGCAAAUAGUUCAUAAAACCGAGAUCGUCCCGCAUCCACUGCUAUGAAGCCCGUUUGGGCCGAGAUAACUCGUGCGCAGAGGAACGGUUUUGCCCACAAAUGGGCGACGCCUGCGCUCCGGGGAAGAGGCCAAGCUCGUCUCCCUCGCCUGCAGCGCGGCGGGGGGUUCCCCGGGAACCCGAGGAUCGCCAGGGGCCCACGCAUUCCGCAGGCCACGGCUGCGGCGUCGAGGCCCUCGCGGGGCGUUGCGGUCACCCCUUUUGGCGGGCUCGGGCGCCCCGAAACUCCGCCCCCCGACGCGGUAUAUCCGCACUCGCGGAGGCGGGUGCCGCGCUCCCAUUGGUGGAGUGGCCCGCGGUGGCCCCGCCCCCUCCGGGCCCCGACGCGCGCACGUUGAGUGGCGGGGGAAGGCAGAAGAACUGCUCGAGCGAGGAGCGGCUCCGAGGGCCGGGCAGCACGGUUGGGGUGCCCGCUACAGGGCCCCCAAGGGGCUGCCAGGUCGGGAGCGCAGCCUGAGGCCACGGGGGGAAGGGGGUGGGUGGGCUGAGAGCAGUUCGGUGGCGAGACUGGCCCGCCGCCCCUUCCCCCCACACCCGUCGACCUUGUGGGCAGAAGCUUCCCAGAGCUCCUUACGCCGGCGCGAUGGCGACUGCUGUGGAGACGGAGGCCUCUCAGCCGACGGAUGCGAGUUGGGAAAGUGGCGGCGGCGGAGACGACGAGAUGAAGCAGGCGCUUCCGGAGCUUGAGUCCUCCCCACAAAAUGGCGGCGGCGGCGGCCUCAACAUCGCUGAGCCCAGCGGCGGCGCUGGGCCUGAGGAGAACGCGGGGGCCGAGGCCGCCCAGAGCCUCAGCCACGAGCAACCUCAGGACUCCUCUGAGGCGGGCGCGGCCGCCCUGCCCAGAGGCCCCGAAGAGCCCGAAAGGCCUGUUAGGAGGAGUUUUCAGAUCCCCAGGAAGAGCAGAGAAAAGAAAGCACUUUUCCAGCCAUUAACUCCAGGCUCUCGAGAAUUUGAAGAUGUUGUAAAUAUUCUCCAUUCUUCUUACCUUGAACCAACCUCAGUAACAAAUUUUAACUACAGACGUGCUUGCUUGAUACACAAUGAGCUUUUGGAAAAGGAGUUUACAGAAAAGCGAAGAGAACUGAAGUUUGAUGGUCGUUUAGAUAAGGAACUUUCAGAAUCCUAUGCAUUUCUGAUGGUAGAUCGAUACCAGGUUCAAACCAUAUGUGAAAAAGGAUUACAUGUGGGUCAGUCCAAAAUAACAAUUCUUGGCAGUCCUUCCAUGGGUGUCUAUCUUUCUAGGUAUGCUGAUUUAUUACAAGCAAAUCCUUUGGACACGGGGGCAAUGGGUGAUGUUGUUAUUUUUAAAAUAAUGAAGGGUAAAAUAAAGAGUAUAUAUGACCCCAUGGGUGUAAAAAGUUUGGAAUCUAUGUUAAAUAAAAGUGCUUUGGACCCCACACCAAAGCAUGAAUGUCACGUGUCGAAGAAUGCCAAUCGAAUUACAUCACUUUUGGCUUACAGAGCCUAUGAGCUUACUCAGUAUUAUUUUUAUGAGUAUGGCUUUGAUGAGCUAAGGCGAAGACCAAGACACGUUUGUCCAUAUGCAGUUGUGUCUUUUACUUACAAAGAUGAUAUACAAACUCCGAAGUUUGUACCUUCAUCAAGAUCUAACAGCUUUAAUGCAGAUAGAAACAUAGAUAAAUAUAACUAUACCUUAUGGAAAGGACAGCUUUUAAAUAAAGGAAAACUUUUGUGUUAUAUUUCUCUGAGGUCAGCCACUCGUGCUUUUUUGCCUAUCAAACUACCUGAGAAGUUAGAUGUUGAAACAGUUAUGAGUAUUGAUCAUCUGAAACAGAAAAUCCCUCCAGCACUGUUUUAUAAGGAAACAUACUUAGGUCCAAAUGAAGUUUUGAAGAAUGGAAUGUAUUGCAGCCUUUAUGAAGUUGUAGAAAAGACAAGAAUUGGAAGUAACAUGGAGAGUUUACUGCAAAAACUAGACAGAGAAAAACUUGUUCUUGUUAAACCUUUGGGAGACCGAGGAUACCUUUUUCUUCUCUCCCCUUAUCAGAUGGUUCCUCCAUAUGAAUAUCAGACUGCCAAGUCUCGAGUCCUACAUGCUUUGUUUCUAUUUCAAGAACCUAGAAGCAUAGUUACUUCACAAAAAGGUUCAACCAAUGCAGCACCACAGGAGAGGCAUGAGAGCAUGCCAGAUGUAUUAAAAAUAGCUCAGUUUUUACAGUUUUCUUUGAUUCAGUGUCGAAAGGAAUUCAAAAAUAUAAGCGCUAUAAAUUUUCAUUCUGUUGUUGAAAAGUAUGUAAGUGAAUUUUUUAAGCGAGGUUUUGGUUCAGGUAAACGAGAGUUUAUUAUGUUUCCAUAUGAUUCACGAUUAGAUGAUAAAAAAUUCUUAUACUCAGCUCCCAGAAAUAAAUCCCAUAUUGAUACUUGUUUGCAUGCCUAUAUUUUUCGGCCUGAAGUGUAUCAGUUACCUAUUUGUAAAUUAAAAGAACUAUUUGAAGAAAAUAGAAAACUUCAGCAGUUUAGUCCACUUUCAGAUUAUGAAGGUCAAGAAGAAGAAAUGAAUGGUACAAAAAUGAAAUUUGGAAAACGAAAUAACUCAAGAGGUGAAGCCAUUAUAUCUGGAAAGCAAAGAUCGUCUCAUUCUUUGGAUUAUGAUAAGGAUAGAGUCAAAGAAUUGAUUAAUUUAAUUCAGUGUAGGAAAAAGAAUGUGGGUGGGGAGUCAGACACAGAAGAUAUGAGAAGCAAAACUGUCUUGAAGAGGAAGCUUGAGGAUCUACCUGAAAAUAUGAGAAAGCUCGCCAAAACCAGUAAUUUAUCUGAAAAUUGCCAUCUGUAUGAAGAGUCUUCACAGCCUAUUGGCUCACUUGGACGUGAUGCUGACUUGAGGCGGCAGCAGCAGGAUACCUGUAACUCCGGCAUUGCUGACAUCCAUAGGCUGUUUAAUUGGUUAUCAGAAACACUAGCAAAUGCACGCCAUUCUGAUGCAUCUCUGACAGACACAGUCAACAAAGCCUUAGGAUUGAGCACUGAUGAUGCCUAUGAAGAGCUGAGGCAAAAACAUGAGUAUGAGUUGAACUCUACCCCAGAUAAGAAAGAAUAUGAGCAGCCUACUUGUGCAAAAGUUGAAAAUGCACAGUUUAAGGGUACUCAGAGCUUAUUACUAGAAGUUGAUACAACAUCUAAGUAUUCUGUUGCUAUUUCUACCAGCGAAGUGGGCACUGACCAUAAGCUACAUUUGAAAGAAGAUCCAAAUUUAAUUAGCGUGAAUAAUUUUGAAGAUUGCAGUUUGUGUCCCAGUGUUCCCAUUGAACAUGGAUUUCGUAGACAACAGUCUAAGUCAAAUAAUGUUGAAGAGACUGAAAUACAUUGGAAACUGAUUCCAAUUACAGGAGGGAAUGCAAGAAGCCCAGAAGACCAGCUGGGGAAACAUGGUGAGAAACAAACACCAGGUAUGAAAUCACCAGAAGAACAACUGGUGUGUGUGCCACCACAGGAGGCCUUUCCUAACGACCCCCGGGUAAUAAAUAGACAGAGAAGUUCUGAUUACCAGUUUCCAUCCUCUCCAUUUACAGACACACUAAAGGGCACCACUGAGGAUGACGUGUUGACAGGUCAGGUGGAGGAGCAGUGUGUGCCAGCAGCAGAGGCAGAGCCGCCUGCAGUGAGCGAAACCACAGAGAGGACAGUGUUAGGAGAGUACAAUCUCUUUUCUAGGAAGAUAGAAGAGAUUUUGAAGCAAAAGAAUGUUUCAUAUGUCAGUAGAGUUUCCACACCUAUCUUUUCAACACAAGAGAAGAUGAAACGGCUUUCCGAGUUCAUAUAUUCUAAGACUUCCAAAGCUGGUGUGCAGGAGUUUGUAGAUGGUUUGCAUGAGAAGCUAAAUACUAUUAUUAUUAAAGCAUCAGCCAAGGGUGGGAAUUUGCCACCAGUCAGUCCUAAUGAUUCUGGUGCUAAGAUAGCAUCGAAUCCUCUGGAAAGGCAUGUCAUACCAGUUUCCUCAAGUGACUUCAACAAUAAACGUCUCCUUGAGCCACUGUGUAGUGAUCCUUUGAAAGAUACCAACUCUAAUGAGCAGCAUUCCACUUCGACUUUAACUGAAGUAGAAAUGAACCAGCCUCAACAUGCCACAGAGUUAAUGGUGACUUCUGAUCAUAUUGUACCUGGUGAUAUGGCCCGGGAACCACUAGAAGAAACAACAAAAUCCCCCAGUGAUGUAAACAUUUCUGCUCAACCAGCUCUUUCAAAUUUUAUAAGCCAGUUAGAACCUGAAGUAUUUAAUAGUUUGGUUAAAAUCAUGAAAGAUGUCCAGAAAAAUACUGUGAAAUUUUAUAUUCAUGAAGAAGAAGAGAGUGUGCUCUGUAAAGAAAUAAAGGAAUAUCUUAUCAAAUUAGGCAAUACAGAAUGUCAUCCAGAACAGUUUUUGGAAAGAAGAUCAAAAUUAGAUAAACUAUUGAUUAUUAUUCAAAAUGAAGACAUUGCAGGUUUCAUUCACAAGAUACCUGGCUUGGUGACUUUAAAGAAGCUCCCCUGUGUUAGUUUUGCUGGUGUUGAUAGCCUGGAUGAUGUUAAAAAUCAUACAUACAAUGAAUUAUUUGUAUCUGGAGGUUUUAUCGUAUCUGAUGAAUCAAUUCUAAACCCAGAGGUUGUCACAAUUGAGAACCUUAAAAAUUUUUUGACAUUCCUUGAAGAACUUAGUACUCCAGAAGGAAAAUGGCAAUGGAAAGUCCACUGUAAAUUUCAGAAGAAACUAAAGGAACUAGGCAGAUUGAAUGCUAAAGCUCUAAGUCUGUUGACGCUUCUGAAUGUCUAUCAGAAGAAACAUCUGGUUGAAAUUUUGUCAUACCACAAUUGUGAUUCACAAACUCGAAAUGCUCCAGAAUUGGAUUGCCUUAUCAGACUUCAGGCUCAGAACAUACAGCAACGACACAUAGUCUUUUUAACAGAGAAGAACAUCAAGAUGCUUUCCAGUUAUACAGAUAAUGGAAUAGUGGUUGCAACUGCUGAAGACUUCAUGCAAAACUUUAAAAAUCUUGUGGGCUAUCACAAUUCAAUCACAGAAGAAAACCUUCCGCAGCUUGGUGCUAAUGAGAAUCUUGAGUCGCAGUCAGAUGCUGUUUUGACAUUAACCCCUUUGGAGCUGGGAGUUGGGAUUUCCCAACAUUAAACGUGAACACGUUUCGCAGAAGCUUUUAGCAUCGGAUUAUCUGGACAUUCACAUCUAGUGUGAGUGUUGUGACUAAGUGAACUUGUGGCAGAAGACCAAGCUUUAAGGGAUUGUGGACUUGCAGACCCUGACGCGUUAUAUUGUGUGAGUAGUGUAUAAUUUUAAAACUUAAACUGUGUAUUUCAAUAGAGGAGGACUUUUUGUUUUUUAAAUGUAGCUCUUUUAGAAAACGAUGAAAAGGAUGAAGAGGAUAUGUCUCUGGAUUCAGGGGAUGAAAUCUCACAUAUAGAAGUAUGCAGCAAUUUUCAUUCAGAAAUAUGGGAGAGAGAGACCAAAGGAUCACGUGGAACAGAUCAAAAAAAGAAUACUCAAAUUGAGUUGCAAUCGUCUCCUGAUGUGCAAAACAGUUUAUUAGAAGAUAAGACUUAUCUUGAUUCUGAAGAGAGAACUUCUAUUGAUAUAGUAUGCUCUGAAGGAGAGAACAGCAAUUCAACAGAACAAGAUUCAUAUAGUAACUUUCAGGUUUAUCAUAGUCAAUUAAAUAUGUCCCAUCAGUUUAGUCAUUUUAAUGUUCUCACUCAUCAGACAUUUUUGGGGAUACCAUAUGCCCUUUCAUCAAGUCAGUCUCAAGAAAAUGAAAAUUACUUCUUAUCUGCUUAUACUCAAAGCUUGGAUAGAGAUAAAUCUCCACCUCCCUUAAGUUGGGGGAAAAGUGUUUCUUCCAGGCCAUAUUCACAAGAGAAAUAACUGUAGUAACUUUUUUUUUAAUAGAUUGUUGUGGACUUUGUUUAUUAACAGUUUAUAUUUCAUUCUCUAAACAAAAGGUUCUUGUUCUUUCUCAAAUGUUUUUUCUUUUAUUUAAAUCAUGAUGGUCUGUAACAGUUGAAGCAUCUAAAAAUUGAAAUAAAUAUAUAUUUUUAACAUAUAUUGUACUUGAAUUAUCUCAUGUUGGCACUUCUAAGUUUUACUUUUUGUAUGUUACCUGUACUUAGGCUUCAAAUUGAAGCCUGUUUUAUGUGUAAAAUCAGAUGCUUGCAGGAGGACGGUAAACAGCAAAGGCUUUACUUCUUUUCCUCUAAUGUCACCUGAUAAAAAGUACCUUUGUUGAAGUGAAUUAUUUUGAUGUAGGCUUUUGUAUAGUGUGUUUCCACAGGUAUAAGCCAGUAAUAGCAGUGUUAAUAUUUACAGGAUUUUGGCUCAAUACCUCAAGAUUUAUCUAACAAUGCAGUUUCAUUUAGAUAAUAAACUAUGUACAUAGGACACAUUUUUUAUCUCUAGGCUUAGUCAUGUAAAAACUGCUUAUUGCUAAAAUUCUGGUAACUUUUUGAGAGUAUUGGAUAAUUAAUUUUCAGUACCUGCACAAUCCUUGAUUUAAUGAAAUAAAUUUUUUAUUUCAAAAGAUAGGCUUCUGUUUAUCAAAGGCAUUGAACAAUUUGAUUUUUAAAUUAGUUUUAGCAAAAUGGAAGUAUAAUGGAAAUAUAUUUUUGAGGUGGUCUUAGUAAUUACCAUUUGUUGAACACAUUAAUGCUAUACUAGACAGAUACAGUGGAGAUAGCUUUCAAACCCAUAUCUAUUCCUAACUAACUAACUACUGCCUCUAAUACUAAUUACUAACUUGUUACUAAUGCUAACUUAUAAAAAUGUUUUUGAAAAUUGCAAUUUCUACAAAUAAAUGUCAUACUGCAAAUAAAUGUCAUAAAAGCAGGAUUUAGAGAAGAAAACAAUUUCCACAGGAGCCUAAACUGUGAAUUUGUGUUAUUUUAGUAAAAGUUAUGGAGUUAUGUAUGGGUCUACACGUGUUAAUAAGUUAGACAGAACUUUUUGGCACUUAAAACAAAUGCAUGAGUGGUAUUUCAGUUCCUAAGUUACAUAAAAAGUGUGAAAGAACACUGUGAGGUCCCAGGAAUGCCAGACUAUAUUAAGGUAAGUAAGUAGAAAGUGUUUUUAUAGGGCUUCAAUACCCAGGUGGUGACAGCAGAAGAACUGUUUUUUUUUACUACUAAGCUUUUACAAAAGUAUCUGUUUUAUUUGUAUAGAACAAGUACAGCAUUUUACUACAUAGUAUACAAGUUUUUAAUGAGCAUUUAAAAAAAUAAGUAAAUCUAGGCUAUUUGAAAAAUACAGUUGAGCCAGUGAGCACAUUUUAUAAUUUGGAAGACACAAAUCAAAUGUGAAGGAUUUGAUUUUCUACAUUUAAAAUGAAGAACCAAAAUUCUCUUCUUGAUUUUCAGCUAAAGGCAGGAGACUACUUUCCAACUCCUUUUGCUUCUGGAGAAGGCCCUGAAAUCACAUUGAUACAUGUUAGUAAAAUGUGCACACCUGACUUGCAAUGUUGUGUUAAACUAGAAUUCUAUUCACUUGGAAAACAUACUGCUUAGGAUAAAAUUUUGUCAUUCAAAAAGUUUUUCAGAAAUGCUUGUACUAGACCACCUCAUUUGGAUAUAUAGCUAUCACAUUUGUAAGAUUCUAUUUUUAGCAUAAAAAUCAAUGGGAUGAAAAUUUUCUUAAAAAUCAAGACUCCAUAACUAUGGGAGUAAAUGAAGUCAUCCCUUCUUCCCCAAUCCACCCCCAAGUGCUCUUAGAUACCGAAGGAGUCUCCCUUAACAUACAGUGUUUUUUUUGUUUGUUUGUUUGUUUUUUUGACGGAGUCUCGCUCUGUCGCCCAGGCUGGAGUACAGUGGUGCAAUCUUGACUCACUGCAAGCUCUGCCUCCCAGGUUCACACCAUUCUCCUGCCUCAACCUCCUGAAUGGCUGGACUACAGGCACCCGCCACCACACCUGGCACACCUGGCUAAUUUUUUAUAUUUUUAGUAGAGACAGGGUUUCACUGUGUUAGCCAGGAUGGUCUCGAUCUCCUGACCUCAUGAUCUGCCUGCCUCAGCCUCCCAAAGUGCUGGGAUUACAGGCUUGAGCCACUGCUCCUGGCCAACAUCCAGUAUUUUAUCUUGACUGUCCUAACCUUAUCUUAGAUGCUAACAGAAGGGUCCUGCUGAAAUAACACUGGGUGCUAUAUUGAUGGGUUAAUGUGUACAUCAUAUUCCUUCCUCUUUAUCUCACAAUUUUUGUCUCCACUAAGCAAGAGGUAAACUAACACUUCGUCACUCUAAAGAAAUAACUUACUUAUGUAAAACUCUUAGUAACCCUGUUUGUUUGUUUGUCUUCAAAUGAGUAAAUAGACCAAAGUGGGGGGACAAUUUUCUAGUUCUGUAGAGGGAAAAACAUCUGAGUCAACAUUUUGAAAUACAGAGGGUAUUGGUACAUGACGACAUGGAAAAGGGCACUUUUAAACACAGCUUACUCUUCCCCAAGUACAGAGAGUACAUAGUGAAUCAAAACUAACUACAGCCAUUCUUUUUAAAGCCUGAGGGAUGGAGCAAAGGUGUAAGGAUGUUACCUGUUUGUUUUAAUCAGAGAGCAAAAAGAAGUCACAAUAGUUUGGGAGAAAAAGUCUGGUGAGUAAGGUUAUGCGUAUAAUUUCAUACUGAAUUUAUUACUAUUUGGGAUGUAUGUCAAUGUUCUAUUCUAACACUGCCAACACAUCAAUUUUUUAAAAAGCGUGGGCCACGUUGCUAAGAAUUUGUUAAAGCAUAACUGUAUUUUUUGUUUUAGGGCCUUAUUGAUGUUUUGCCGUUCCAAUGUAUGCAUUUUUUUACUCAAUAAACUUGUCUUAAUUUUAGAA